AGGAGGGUAAAAGGAACGUGCACUACAUAAAUAUCCAGAAGGACACAUUCCUCUCAUGUGCCUCUAAACCUUUCAGGGCAGCUGAGGGGAGUGUAUAUGUAUAGCCACAGUGCGAGCCACGCCUUCAGUGUACUGGUGCGUCGCCGUCAUGCAGGGGCUGGUGCUCGUCCUCCUAGUGGCCUCCGCGUGGGGCGCUCCACACCUCGGGCAACACGACCACCUGGCAACCAUCCUCAGCCACCACCACACUGACGAAGGGGACGGACACUUCCAGUAUGGUUUUGAGAGUUCCAACGGAAUUAAGGUGCAGGCGGAAGGCACCCCGGGCCUAGAGGGCCAAAAUAUCCGUGGCAGUUUCAGGUACCCCCUCCCAGACGGCACCAUCGUAGAGGUGAACUACGUGGCUGACGAAAACGGUUACCGCGUUGAGUACCCCAUCAUCCACUCCCUCCGCCCACUGCCCACGCGCCCCGAUGAUGCCCAUGACCAUGACGACCCACUGCAAGAUCCCGCCACUCAUCUCCUGCCCGAGGAGCUCCAGGGUCCCACACACACCGAGGACUCACACCGGCUGCACGACAACAUCACUCUUCUACUGCCCGAGGAGCUCAUGGUUCCCACAUACACUGAGGACGACCUGUCUGUCUCGCACGACCCAACACACUCCCAUACUCCCGAUGACUCCCAUACUCCUACUGACUCCCACAAUCCUGAUGACUCCCAUACUCCCGAUGACUCCCACACUCCUACUGACUCCCACACUCCCGAUGACUCCCACACUCCUGACUCCCACCCCGCCACUGACCACACCUUGGAGUCGCCUCAGGACAGCAUCAACUCAGUCAGCGUCGACCUGCGAAGUGGUUUAGGUUAGGCUCACACUCACCUGCAAGGAACGGAAUGACUCUUACUGAACACUCCACACUUAAUAGGAAGUCAAUAUAUGUACACAAAGACCAAAUAAAUACAGACAAUU